GGAAACAGUGUAGUGGGUAUUUCUUUUAUAAUUGCGGUAGGUUUGGGAUUACAGAAGAGCGAUGCGUCCUCAUGGAUUACUUGUGCCUUACAACGGCUCCUGGCUGGGUUUCCUGUGGCAAGAAAAGACUAUCCGUCACUGCAGGUAAAUCUCCAUUAGCGUGUAAGGAAGAUGUACACGCUAACCUCAUGGGCAUGCACUAUAUUUAUGCACUUUGUGGAUCCAUUUUUUAACCCAAUUAUAGCAGAUGCCUAUACUUGGAAUAACUCAACUCAGACCAACGGGAGAGGCAUGUUUUUGACAUCUAUGGCAACCUGAGAACUCUUUAUCAAUGAGGUAUGAAGGAACAUCUAUGACAUCAGCGAGCAACUCCCGGGAUCUCUGGUGACCCCUGACCCUUAUUGGAUUUCGUUUUCACACUUCCACUGGAACACUACAAGAAACAGGUGCCAGGGAUAACGCGGUCUGAGGUCCACCUCAACACUUUCCCUUCCCCCCAGAAUGUUCUAAUGUGUGUCCUUCUACCAGGUGGGCCUAAACACCCCUCCCCCCUGUCCCGCCCCCCUCCCACCCUCCCCUGACCCCCCGUGACCCUGCCUUCGGCCGGUACUCCAAAAGGACAAGAGACGGAAGGUGGUGGUGGUGGCGGAGGUGGUGUUGAUUGUGUCGUGGGGGUUAAAUGGUGUUGAUAACUGAGGACCUGAACGGAGGGUUAAAGGUCACACAGAAUGGAACGGCCGGAGGUGCCAAAAUGGCCAUCGGAUCCCCCAUCAUGUCAAUGGACAGGGAAGAGGAAGAGUCGGACGACAGCGAGUGCGGCGGAGGCGGUAGCGGCAGCGAUGGCGACUCCGAGGACUCGCGGAACUACUGGGAGGACGACGACGACGACGUGUACCAGGAGUUCGAGGAGCUGGACUUCGAGUCCCUGCCCGACCGGUCGGACACGUGGAGCACCCUCUCCGACGACUCCUUCUACCCGCCGGACGACGCGCUGGCGUCGGGCCUGCAGUGCCUGGCGAAACCGGGCAGCCCCGAGCCCAUCUCGCUGUUCAAGGCGUGCGGCAACAACAACCCCGUCAUCGUCAAGAUCCUGAUCCGGCAGGGCGUGUCCGAGGAGGAGGUCAGGGAGACGGACAGGAACCGCAGAACUGGGCUGAUUAUAGCGUGUUACCAAGGUUACGUGGACGUGGUCAUCGCUCUGGCCCAGUGCCCGUACCUCGACGUCAACUGGCAGGACAACGAGGGCAACACGGCACUCAUAACAGCGGUGCAAGCAGGGCACCUCAUGAUCUCCAACCACCUGCUCAACUACUUCCCCAGGCUGGACAUCGAGAGGAGGAACUGCCACGGGUUCACGGCCCUGAUGAAGGCCGCCAUGCAGGGCCGGGCGGAGUGUGUCAGGGCGCUGAUGAUGGCCGGCGGGGACAUGGAGGCCAGGGACUACAGCCGCCAGCAGACACCCAUGGAGUGGGCUCUGUUCACGGGCCGCUACGAGACGUCUUUCCUCAUGGAGAGGCUGAUGGCACAGCCCUGCGCAGAGCAGUUCUGCAACAACUUCUCCUUGGAAUGGCCCAUGCUUGAGGAGCUGGUGGCCCGAUCCCAGGAGCCCAAGUCCUGCUGGGGCCGCCUCGGCGACCUGCUGAACUGCUGCCCCGUCACCCUGCACCUCAGCAACAAGGUGAACCCGGUGGACGACGGUGUCCUGGACCACAUGGUGCGCGUCACCACCAGCCUGCUCAGCCCCCUCAUCGCCACCGCCUGCCACACCGUCUGCCCCGGCAGCCCGCCCUGCGUGGGCAAGCGCCGCUUCGCCGUGCCGGAGAUCCUCCGCCGGCAGCGCGUGGACCAGCUGCGGCAGCUGGGGCCCGGGAGGCACGACAACUACCAGCGGCUCUUACAGAACUCCCGGGUGCUCCUGGUGCCCUCGGCCCAGGGCCGGCGGGCCAGCCUGCAGCCCCAGCUCCUCCGGGAGGUGGCGGCCGUCUCCUCGGUGGCCAUGCGGAGGGCCAGCCUGCUGCCGCUGCACAUGAUGAGGCGGAGCAGCGUGAGGCCGGGCCCCGUGGUGCCCAAGGUGAGGCUGUGCAAGGCCCCGUCGCCCUCCUACGUGCCGGAGGCGACCGGGUGCCGCCGCGACGACCCCGCCCACCUGCAGAUCCCCAAGUGGAAGUACAAGAAGAAGGCGGAGGGGAGCAAGGAGGAGGAGGCGGCGAGGCAGCAGGUGUUUCCUCUGACCAAGAGGAAGUGAGAGCAACGCGGAGGAGGAGGGGAGAAGAGGUGGGAGAUGAAGUAGGGGAUGCUGCCUCAUGGGACGUAAGGGUCAAAGGGCGUUGUUGGAGGUGGGACAAUUUUGGAAAAUGUAUGCGAGGAACCAAGAGGAAGUUUAAGCACGCUGGAAUUAACUUGGAAGUUAGGAAUGAGCUAAACAGCUACGUGGAAUUAGCCUGAUGCUAAAGAGCGAGCUAGUCACUUGACCAAUGGAGCGCUACAUGAGCAGGGAAAGAUGUCUUCCAUCUAUAAAGGAAAAUAAAAGGGCCAGAGAGAGAGCGAGGAUAGAGAGGGGUACGGGGUGGGUGCACAAUAAAUGUAUGCCCACUAGGCAACGCGCCAGCCGGCUUGUUCCCGGAGGGGUUAGGAGUUUCGUUGUCUUGGUAACAUUGACGCUCCAGCCAGGAAGUAUAAACCCUUUAUCGCCCAGACAAGCUGCCCUGCCUCCUGAACCACUGCAUCUCUCAGCAGUACAGGAGUGAGGACGGUAAGGAACAUAAAAAGCCCAGAUAAAACGAAGGCAAGAUAGAGGUAAAUAGAUAUGUCAAUUGGAAAACUCUUGCACUAAGCAGCUUACAAUGCAACACCUUUUUUACUAAGUGCACUGCCUGUAACACUCACAUUACAGCAGCAACACCGUUUGGAUGAGCGAGUCUCUCCAAUUCAACAGAAGUAUAGAGAUAAAAGACAAAACGAAGAGGAAGAAAUGGAGAUUUCCUGAAGAAGACAUUGUUUUGCCCAAACAUUAUUGAAUUUAGGCUGAGCAGAUGGCCACUGGAAAAGCCCGGGAUUGAUACUGGGAUAGACAAUGAAGUGGGUUUCUUUGGCUAAGAAAUACUGCAAAAGGGCUUUUUAAUCGAGUGCGAUUUCUGACAUUUCCGCUGGGAAUCUCAAGCCUGCUUUCGUAUAAUGGCUAUGCAAAUCGUUUGCCACACAGGACAAAACAUAAUUAAAAAAGUGUCUCUUAGUGCCUGUUUACUGCAGUGCAUUCAGACUUGACGCCAUUAAAGGCAGAUUAUGUUGAGUUAAGUCUGAACACACCUGAACACCUCUCAGCCGCCUAUUGAAAUAUUCUAGAAGAUGGCUCAAUAUUUGUUCUGUGGAAGGUAGUGAUAUAAAGCUGUAGUUGCAAUUCGUACCAACAGGGUCGACAUUCUACAAUGCAAAUUUUUUUUCUUCAACAAAGCAUUAAUUUUAAUUAAUGAGAAGGGAUAAUGAUACACUCAUGUGAGACGGGAAGCUCAGGUUUUCUCUGUUAUCAAAAUAAAAAAAUUCUCUAUUCUUUGAUCCCAUUGCAGAUUUCAAUAUAUAAAUAAAUCAUUUGAUUAGACAGAAUGUGUACAGGCCUACUGAAAUACAUAAUCCUACAUGCAAGUCAUUAAUAAGACCUUCAUUCAGUCAUUCACAGGGCUAAUAAAUAUGAUUGUACUUGGUUUUUUCUAAAGAUACGGAGGAUUUCGAUUUCUGAUUUUGUUAUUUAUUUGUCUAAUGUUUAAGACCAAAGGGUCAAUAGAGAGAUUCAUAGGCCUAGAUAAUGUAGGCCUACAUGUAUAGCUUUGAUGAUUACAUGUAUAUUCUGCAAAAUAACGUUUCUUCCCGCUCGUUUGUAAUCAAUUCACCCUCAAAUUCAGAUUUUCUUCAAUUUCUUUAUUUUUACAAUGUGUAAGGACUUGAGAGUUCAAACUCUAAAUGUCAAUGUGGCAAAAGGCGUCUCCUCUCUGCUCCGGCGUGUCACGCAAGCUGUUUAGUCCCAAGAGAAUCGGGAACGUGAAUGAAUGGAAGCAUCAGUCAUUUGCUCUUGGAUGUUGUCUCUUUUCUGUUUGACGUUAUUCUGGUUUCUCUGUGGUGUUAUAAAUAUCGCCUUGGUGAACCUGCCAUCCAUGUCCAGUCAACUUACCUUUUCAGUCAAUACCACACCACCCUAGAACUAACUCGAUAGUGGCUAUUAUGAUGCACUCCCAGAACAAAGGUACAAAGUUUUUUAUUUUACUAAUCAGAGGGCUU